CCCCUCUCUCUGGCCUUCUCAUACAUUAUAAAAAAACUUGUCCAGGACAACUUUUUCUUCACUCCUCGUCUAUUUCUCCAGACAAAUUCCUAAAUAUCACAGAAGAAAACCCAGGAUGGCUAUCUUGUUCAAGCCCGAAUUGUUUCUCUCGCUGUUUUUGUUGAUAUCUUCUUACCAUACAGCAACAGAAGCUUCAAAAGUCGCCCAGAGCCUCAACUUCAACAGUACCUUCAGCAAUGGUACCAGUAAUGCUAGAGAACUUGCCGGCAAGUGCAACUGGUUCAGAGGGAAAUGGGUUUUUGAUCCUAAGUAUCCUCUCUAUGACUCAAAUUGUCCCUUCAUAGAUCCACAGUUCAAUUGUCAAAAGUAUGGCAGACCUGAUAGCUAUUAUCUCAAGUAUCGGUGGCAACCUUUUGCAUGUGACUUGCCAAGGUUUAAUGGGCUAUAUUUCUUGGAGAAAUGGAGAGGGAAGAAGAUUAUGUUUGUAGGUGACUCGUUGAGUUUGAACCAGUGGAUAUCUUUAACGUGUUUGAUUCAUGCCUGGGUACCAAAUUCAAAGUAUACAGUGUUUAGGACAGAUGUGCUAUCUUCUCUUACAUUUGAGGACUACGGAGUCAAGAUACUGCUAUAUCGAACGACAUACCUGGUGGAUCUUGUCAAUGAUAAGGCAGGACGAGUAUUGAAGCUUGAUUCGAUAAACAAUGGCAACGCAUGGCUAGGCAUGGACAUGUUGAUCUUCAACACUUGGCAUUGGUGGACCCAUACUGGAAGAUCUCAGCCAUGGGAUUAUAUCCAAGAAGGGGGUAAAUUGUACAAAGAUAUGAACCGGCUAAUUGCAUUUUACAAGGGACUAACCACCUGGGCUAGAUGGGUCAACCGAAAUGUUGAUCCUUCUAAAACCAAAGUCUUCUUCCAGGACGUUUCUCCUACGCAUUAUGUGGGCGGGGAUUGGAAUGAGCCAUCAAAGUCAUGUGCUGCUGAGACACAACCGUUCUUUGGAACAAGGUACCCAGCAGGAACACCGUUAGCUUGGGCUGUAGUUAACAAGGUUUUGAGCAGGAUUCAGAAACCAGUCUACUUAUUAGACGUGACCACACUUUCUCAGUACCGAAAAGAUGCACAUCCUUCGCGUUACGGCGGCGACAAUGGUGGCACAGAUUGUAGCCACUGGUGUCUACCUGGAUUGCCUGAUACUUGGAACCAACUUCUAUAUGCAGCCCUCUUCGGUUGAUUGUGCUUAAAUGGCAUUCAUUAUACAUGGUGUAAUCUAGUCAUUUUUUUAGAUGAUCGAUCAUUGUUUCGAUGAUGGUACGUACAGGAGUUUAUUCUUGUUCUCAGAGCUAGUGCCUGUUGGCAAUAAUGAGAGUUGUGAUUCUUCAAUUGUAAAUUUAGAUUAUUGUGCUGGCAAUGAGAUUGCCAUGAAAUGAAAGAAAUACGCUCCAAAUCAAAAGGCCUGUUAUGGAGAUUGGAGAUGAUCUUUCAAAAGUGUUUAGUAACUUGAAUGAAAACAGUAAUAGCCAUGACCUAUAAACCUUUGGUGGAUCAAAA